UUAUGGCUUUGUUGAAUUUGAUGAUCCUCGAGAUGCAGAUGAUGCUGUUUAUGAGUUGAAUGGUAAAGAACUUUGUGGGGAGCGAGUAAUCGUUGAACAUGCUAGAGGUCCUCGAAGGGAUGGUGGUUAUACCUCUCAGCGCAAGUCCUUUGAGGCUAAGAUGACUGCCUGUUCCAUUUGCUGGCCUUGGGUUACCUUUCCAUGAGUGGCUCUAAGACCUAAGACCAUUGACCUUUGGCUGACCUUAAGGAAGCCAUGUGACGACUGCUACUCUUGCCAUUAGACCUGGGUGGUGAGGACCCCAAGGGUUAGAGGCAGAUGUGAUAAAACUGAAAAUAGGUGCCUGAAAUCUUUUUCAUGUCAGAUAUUCUGAAAACCAUUUUUCACCGUGGUUAUGGUUAUAGAAGAUCUGGAAGAGACAGAUAUGGACCUCCAACUCGUACAGAAUAUAGGCUUAUUGUCGAAAAUUUAUCUAGUCGGUGCAGCUGGCAAGAUUUAAAGGAUUAUAUGCGUCAAGCAGGUGAAGUUACAUAUGCAGAUGCACACAAAGGAAGAAAGAAUGAAGGUGUAAUUGAAUUUAAGUCCUACUCUGAUAUGAAACGAGCACUUGAAAAACUGGAUGGCACAGAAGUUAAUGGCAGAAAAAUCAGAUUGGUUGAAGACAGGCCUUCGUCUCGACGACGCCGCUCAUACUCCAGGAGCCGCAGCCGUUCUAGAUCUCGUUCUCCAAGCAGAAAUCGUUCUCGUUCUCAUAACAAGAGUCGAAGCCACAGUGGAAGCAGUAAGAGCAGUCGAUCUCAAUCCCGGUCUGGCACGCACUCUAGGAGCAAAAGUGGAAGCAGAAGCAAAAGUCGCAGUGUGAGCAAGAGCAAGAACAAAAACAAGAGCAGGAGCAGAAGUAAAGAGAAGAAAAUCAGAGCAAGUAGUAGGAGUGGAAGUGAGGGGAAAAGUAGGAGCAGGAGCGUUGAACAGGUUAAAGACAAUGGAGAAGAAAAAACCGAGAACAGAAAUGAAAAUGGGGAGAAAGAAAGGAGUGUUAGUAAAGAGAGGAGUAGAAGUCGGAGUAAGAGUAAAGAUGGGGAAAAAGGUGUUAGCAGAAGUAGAAGCAAAGAGAAGGAUAAGAGUAAGAGCAAGAGCAAAAGUAGGAGCAGGAGCAAAAGCAAAGAGAAGAGCAAGAGUAGAAGUCGCAGCAAGAGCAAGGAAAAAAGAAAAGGCAGGAAGAGGAGCAGGAGCGAGAGCAGAAGCCGGAGCAGGAGUCGGAGCAAAAGCGAGAAGACCAAAAAGCGUAGCAAACGUGAAAGCAAAACUAAAAGUACCAGUAAGAGCAGGAAGAGAAAAGGUGACAAGGAACAAUCUAGAUCUAGGUCAAGAUCAGAAUCAAAGGAAAAGGAGGAAGAUGCUAGGAAAACAAAUGCAGAGAAAGAAACUAAGGGUGAGGGUGAAGAAGUGGAUGGGGAAUCAGACUCUAAUGAACAGUCAAAAUCAAGUCCUGCAUCUCGUUCUAGGUCAAGGUCCAGAUCGAAGGCCAAAUCUAAAUCUCGUUCCAGGUCCAAAUCGAUCACCAAAGCCAGGUCACGUUCAAAGUCAUGUUCACCUUCUCGGUCUGUGUCGAGAUCUGUCUCUCGUUCUAGGUCCAGGUCGCGCUCAAAGUCCUAAAUUUCCCCUCUCUACAUUUUCUAUGAAAACUUUAACGGAUUUUUUUUCUCUGGCAGGUCUGUUGUUAGCUGUACCACAGAUAAUCCAAACAAUAGAUACUGAGAUGCUGUACAUUUUUCAUAAUAGAAAGGAUGUAUUUAGUGCUAAAUUAAAACUUUAUGAUGGGCUUGUACUGUCAGGAGGACUUUUAGGUAGGUAUGCUGUGUGCAAAGUAAAGGUGCCCCAUCAGUGCUGAUGUUUUCAGAGAUGUAUAAUGAAGUCUUAAAAGUUACCUUCAUCUGUAUUGAUCAUUUUUAAAAAAAAAAAAUCCGUUCCUGAUAUUGUGGACUUCAUAGCCAAAACAUAUAGCAAAUUGUAAAGUUUUGCCAAUUCAGUGUAAUCAAAAUGUAGAGAUUUUUCCCUCCACUGUGAGAAGAAAGAUAUAGCUCUUUGCCUGAGUUUCUGCUCUUUUUAUUUUUUUCAGCUGGCUAAUGUGCGUUGCUUUUCUGUUUGGUUCAAUUAAAUGCAAAUAAAUGUCUGCCUGGAAUCCA